UCUACAUUUUGGAAAUAAAAUAUUUAAUUUUUCAGUUAUACACAAAUUAAUAAAUAAUGUUUUAUCCAGUUGAUUCGUUGAAAAGGGGAGGUAGAUUUUAUCUAUGCUGGGUAGCAGAUUCGUGGCCAUUACGGUUUGCAACAAUAACACAAAAGCAAUUGUGGUCUCAAGAUAUUCGGAAAAUAUGUGACGAUUUGUUAGAAGUUAUGACAAAUGAGUCCGGUCGCCCAGUCAACAGGUUUUCACUUAGACUCAGUUCACAAUUAAUGCGAGGUUUAGUGAGACUCUAUCAAAGAAAAGUUUCUGUUUUCUUAGGCGACCUAUGCAUGAUCAACGCUAAUGUUAUUAAAAAUAUUAACAAAAAAUGGAAUGUACAUGUUUUGGAUUUGGGAGUCACUCCACGAUUGCAAAUACUACCAUCACUUCAACCGCCAACAACAGAAGUUCCAGAUGAGCCUGAAAAUGAACAAAGGAUUGCCGAAUUGAUCCAAAGCAGUGGGAAUGUGGUGGUAAAUAUUCAAGAUAUAACUCUAAAAGAAACUGCUAUUCCAGAGGUCCUGCCACCUAAUGACGGUUUUGGAGAAGAGAAUCCUGAGCUGACGCUUCUGUUUGCGGAGCGCAGCGUAGAAGUGAUGCUGCAAAAUGAUGCGUCGGUCGCACAGCUCAGUACGCUGGAGCCGCGCCCACUCGACGUCUCCCUCGCACCCGACAACAGCCGGCCCUCGCGCGACCCGCAGAUGGAGAUGAUAUCGGACCACGACCUCACUAUGUUCGCAAAGUCAACUGGACAUGAUAUUUUACCUGCAGAAUUAUUUGAAAAAGAUAUCCCAGAAAUUCCCGAUAUCCUGAUCCCUGAAGUCCCAAUUCCUGAUAUACACGUUCCUGAACCACAACCAGAUAAACAACUGGAAGUUCCACAAGAUACUGUACAUCUACAAAGGGCACAAGCAAAAGAAAACGCAGCAAAAGAAACUGCCACGGACGACGAAGCUGAAAUUGAAUUAGAAGAACUGGAAGAUGGCGGCCCUCCAGCGAAACGUCGACGUAUGAGAAGACUAAUAAUCGACAAGAAAAUUAAAAUAAGCGGUGACAUCCUACAUGCGAGGAUAGGCAAUGCACACUUGGAGUUGCGAUGCGAAAAUAGUUCAGACGAUAUAAUGGAUGUAAGACUACCCGCGAACGUGUACUUUCGACGUCCAUGCCACACGGGAUCGAAGAUACUCUCGAACUCGAAUAUUGCACUUGCAUUAACGCGUCUGUAUCAACGGAACUUAGCAUUUCCUAACCCAACUUUUCCUGAAAAAGAAAUGGAGGAAGCCGUUGCACAUCAGGGUCUUAGAUCUCGAACAGGGUCUAACCUGCGACCAAUCGAGGAAGAGGUACCAAUAAAUCCAGAGAGACAACCAAUAGUCACAGAAAUAGCAACAGAACUAGAAGUCUCCAAAGAGAAUAACUUACUCACUGAGUUUCAGGAUAUACAACAGAUUGAUGUAUCCAACAUGCCUACACAAAAGUUGUACUCCCCUCAAAGUUUCAAGCGUAAAAGCGACCAACAAAAACCUGCGAAGAGGCAACGCUCUUUUGGAUAUAUAACAUUUCGGGAACAUCAGGGAUCUCGUGGCGUACCACUUAUAACCGUAUCGGAUAUUGAUAAGGAAAACGUACCAGAAGUACCGUUUGAUAAUAUGGAGAGAAGUCUAAUGGCAGCACCAGAUGAGCCGGAUAAUAUUGAUAAAAAUCUGUUGACAAUGUUGGAAGAAGCUGGACUAGCAGAUGUUUCAGCUACAAGAGUUGUAGAACAUACUCAACAAGAGAUUGUUAAAUCUAUAGAGAAGUCUACAAAAAAAGACGGAAGCGAUACAUCAGAAACGCCACUGGGUAGUCUAGACAGAACGAAGGUCUCUUUAGGAGAUUCCGACCGUACUACAGACUCCAAACGGUUUAUACAUGACCAAUGGGGUACAAGAGGUACAAUGGUUAAGAUUCUGAACUAUAAAAAGUUGGACCAGAGGCCAUUAACAGUUCGUUACCUCAUCUCGAAGGGCCCGGUGUUGGCCGGUUACACGUGUAUCAUUGCUGCCCGUUGCUUCACUUCUAUCCUAAAACUAAAACAGCACGGAUUUAUUUGCGUUAGUAAAGAUCCUGAAACGUUGGAAGUAACCGAUAUAUUCUUGGGUCCAAAAUUUGAUAAAUUACAGCAGUAAAUUGCUUGUACUUCAUAAUAAUUACUUCGUUACAAAUUUAUCUUUAUUUUUGAUAAUUACACGUUUGCUUGUUCUUUAAUUGUAUGCA